GAAUAAUUGUGUAAAAUACAUAGUAAUUAGUUUCUUAAAAAGAAAAAAGGAGUUUUAAGUUUGAAGUAUUAGCAUUAAAAUUAAAAUGAAAUAUUUGCUCGUGCUCUGCGUAUUUACAUAUUUUGCCAAAGAUGCACAAACAUUGCUGUUGAAUAAAAUGGAUUGGAAAAACUUGCUCAAUAGUGGGGCCUUGGAUUUAAAUGUCUUGCGGUGUUUUUUGCGUGACAAGAACUUCUGUCCCAGUCCACAUAUCGAGCACCGACUGUACGCACCCAAUGGUCCCCGAAAAGGUAUUCCCCUUAACGUGAAAAACCCAAUGACCCUCUACAAAGGCGGUUUCAGUAAAAAACGUGAAACUGUGUUCAUAAUUCAUGGUUUUAAUGGAACGGCCAUAGACAUUCAUCUGCAGUUUCUCAGAGAUGCCUACUUAUCACGUGACUUUAAUGUGAUCACCGUGGACUGGAGGCCCCUGACACGGUACCCCUGCUACCUACACUCGCUGAUUAACACGCGACUCACGGCCCAGUGCACCGCACAGAUUUACGCCUUCCUCACCCACUACGGAGCGGAAAGGGAGCGCAUCACCUGUGUGGGGCAUUCCCUGGGCGCUCACAUUUGCGGGAUGAUCAGCAAUCAUUUGACCCGGAAGCAGUACCGGAUCAUUGGACUGGAUCCCGCCCGACCGCUGAUCGAGCGGAAAAAAAGCAACACCUUCCGGUUGUCACACGACGAUGCUAGUGUCAUCCAGGUGAUCCACACUAAUGCAGGAUUCCUGGGACAAGAAGACAACACAGGGCACCUCAACUACUGUGUCAAUGGCGGGCGUGUGCAGCCCUUCUGCAAGGGGAAUCGCAUUAGAAGAUCUCGGUGCUCCCACUUCUUAAGCAUUUGCUACCUGGCCACGGCCACUUUUAAGAACAAGAAAUUCAUGGGGGUUCCAUGUCCCAACGGAUGUGUCAACCUCACUGGACCAAAGCGACUUCCAGUCAGCGGCAAAAUCAAUCCCUUUGAGUUUGCCUCCCUGCUACGGGAAUACCACAUAGGCAACGAUGCCCCAGAUGACGCUCGUGGUUGCAUUUGCAUAGAUGUGCCGUACGCCAAACAUUGCCCCUUUACGGACGCUUAGGAGCUGGUCUUCAAGAGGUUUUAGCUGUAUUUUUCAGUUAUUGAUAAUAAAAUAGACAACAAAAAACUA